AGGAGACAGAAUAUGAUGUGUGUAAGUGUGUCCGUGCGUGUGCGUGUGUGUUUUCUCCCUCAGCCAAACUAAAAGCCUCUCUCUUUCAUUCGGACUCGAUCCUCGGCUCUGACCGCAGUGACGAAGUGAGCCGAACACACGUUCGUGGAAAAGAACACCGAAAAACGGGAAGUUCUAUCCACUUCUUCUCCUUCUCCUUUUUCUCAUACUUUUUCUCCGUCAUGUUCAGCUGGGUCAAACAGGAGCAGGGUGGACGGAACAAGGAGGGAGAGAUGUACCAGACGGUGACCGAGGGAUUGCUCAGCCUGUACACCAAGAAGCUGCUGCCGCUGGAGGAAACCUACCUCUUCCAUGACUUCCACUCCCCGGCGCUGGAGGCCGCGGACUUCCAGAGCAAGCCCAUGGUGUUGCUGGUGGGCCAGUACUCCACUGGGAAGACUACCUUCAUCAGGUAUCUGUUGGAGCAGGAUUUUCCAGGGAUGAGGAUUGGUCCAGAACCAACCACCGAUGGCUUCAUCGCUGUGAUGUACGGCGAGAAUGAAGGCGUUAUCCCUGGCAACGCCCUUGUGGUCGACCCCAAGAAACCCUUCAGAAAACUCAACGCCUUUGGAAACACUUUCCUCAACAGAUUUAUCUGCUCUCAGAUGCCCAAUCAGGUUCUUCAGAGCAUCAGCAUCAUCGACACACCGGGUAUCCUGUCAGGAGAGAAGCAGCGGAUCAGCCGAGGUUAUGACUUUGCUGAAGUUCUGCGUUGGUUUGGCGAGCGAGUGGAUCGUAUCAUCCUGCUGUUUGAUGCUCACAAACUGGACAUUUCAGACGAGUUUUCUGAGGCCAUCAGAGCCUUGAAAGGACAGGAUGACAAGAUCAGGGUGGUCCUCAACAAGGCCGACCAGGUGGACACUCAGCAGUUGAUGCGUGUCUACGGCGCCCUCAUGUGGUCUCUGGGAAAAGUCAUUAAUUCACCUGAGGUGGUGAGAGUUUACCUGGGUUCUUUCUGGGCCAAACCACUGCAGAACACAGAGAACAGGCGUCUGUUUGAAGCAGAAUCUCAGGAUCUCUUCCGGGAUAUCCAGAGUCUUCCCAGGAACGCUGCACUUCGUAAACUCAAUGAUCUCAUCAAACGAGCUCGACUGGCCAAGGUGCACGCUUACAUCAUCAGCUAUCUGAAGAAGGAGAUGCCGUCUCUGUUUGGACGUGAGAAGAAGAAGGAGGAGCUGAUCAUGCGUCUGCCCGAGAUUUACUGCAUCCUGCAGAGGGAGCAUCACAUCAGCCCGGGAGAUUUCCCCAACGUUACCAAGAUGCAGGACAUGCUGCAGCACUACGACUUCAGUAAGUUCCCAUCCCUGAAGGUGAAACUGGUCGAAUCGGUGGAUAAGAUGUUGGCCACAAAGAUCGCUGUUUUGAUGUCGAUGAUCAGGGAGGAAGAGUCAAAACAGCCUCUAGCCAUGGUGAUGGGCGGGGCCUUCGAGGGCUCUCAGGACGGACCCUUCGGUCACGGCUACGGCGAGGGCAUCAGUGCUGGUGCGGACGCAGAGGACUGGAUUGUGAGCCGAGACAAGCACAGAUAUGACGAGAUCUUUUACACGCUGAUGCCCGUCAAUGGUAAGAUCACUGGCGUCAACGCCAAGAAGGAGAUGAUGAACUCACGGCUGCCCAACACCGUGCUGGGAAAGAUCUGGAAGUUGUCUGACUGCGACUGCGAUGGAAUGCUGGAUGAUGAGGAGUUUGCGCUCGCGCAGCAUCUCAUCAAGAUCAAGUUGGAGGGUUACGAGCUGCCCACUGAGCUGCCCCACCACCUGGUGCCGCCAUCACACCGCAAAAACCACAUUGCUGACACACUGUACAACCACAGUGAGGACUAGAGGAGGUGCAGACUGAGGAGGAACAAAUCACAGGUCAGCAUCUGUGCUGCUGAAGUUCAGACUGAGACAAACAGCAGACUGAUGAUAUUAAAGGUUAGGACCACAAAUGUCCCGCUUUUAUUUUAUCAAGAGUUUAUAUAUAAAUAUUAUUGUGACAUAUACAUAUGAAUAUUAACGAUUGUUAUACUUUAUGAAAGAGAGUAAGACCUUUUCUCCUUCCCACUUGACCCAGACUAAAGUUAAAACUUUUCUUUUGUGAAUAAUCUAUUCUUUUACAAUAAUUCUCCAAGUCAUUUUUGUAUCAGUCAAAUUGAAUUGUUGGUUUUUAAUUAUAUGGACAUUUUGUGUUUUUAUUGUUUGGUUGAAAAAGUGCAGACACAUUGUAUGAGCUUUGAGCGCCCCCUGCUGCUGGAACCUGCCAGAGACACGGCUUAGCUGAUUGGUUGAGCUUUAGUCUACAGUGUCCUAUCUCUUCACUGCUUUAUCUCUGUUCAAAAGCCAUUCAGAUAAAUAUCAUGUGGUGUCGUUUACCACCUCUCAGGCAACAGGUGGCGCUCUCUGUGCAAUCAGCUCUGACUCACUCUUUCAUACUCCUGUAAAACAUACACAUGCAAUUGUAGUAUCUGGUGCCAACGUGUUUGUCUUCAGAUUUCAGCUUGUUUUUGUUGUUUUUUCUUUUUUUGUUUUUAACCAGCAUUGUCCAGGUGAGAACUUCUGUCUGUGUCUCUGUUUGUCAGAUUUAGAUUUAUGGUAGAUUUGAGUAAACAAUGUGCCUCAGUGUGUGACUCUGCUCCAGUGACAGGACGACCUGGUCCCUGAGGAAUCAGCAGCUGCCUUACUGCCUUUCAGAAGGAAUGAAAAAAGUUUAGAAAACACAAGACACAAACCAAAUAUAUAAGUUUUUCUUCACAGCAUUCUCACCGUCCUGCUCUGUCCAUGUUCAUUAUUAUAUUACGUGGUUGUUGUGAUGUUGAAGCCGUGUCUGUUGUCUAAUAAACUUUUUUCAAGACCUGCUCUAAAACUAAA